AUGUAUGACAUGUUGUCGGAAUUUCGAGUAUCAGAGUUUGAUUCGUUUGUUGAUAUAUUGAAAUUGACUCCAGGGGAUCCAUUAGAUACUUUUGGUGAAAUGUGGUAUCCCGUGUUUCUGUGGUCAUUGUGCUCCUCUGCCUUUGUUCAUACUUGUGCGGCACUUGUUGCCUUUGGCACUCUUAGGAAGCACAAGUAUGGGAAGUUUUUUCCAGUGUUAUUAAUAGUGAUGGGUGUGGUGAGUCCUGUGACAUCAGGAGUGGCAACUAGUGCUGCUAUUGCGUUUAUUUAUCGAGCUGCUAAUCUAGCUAUGCCUCCCAUACACGCCAUGGUAUGGGGCAUAGGACAGACUAUACUAGGAGCUGGUAUUGGCUUCACAAGAAUAUUAGCUACUUUGUAA